AAUCCCUUCACAAAAACCACACCCCCCUCUCUCCCUCUCCCUUCCAUGGCUUCCCUAAUCUCCCCAACCGCCGCCGCGGCCACCACCGCCACCCAAAAACCCCUUCCACCUCUCCGAUCACGAGCCACCACCAUCGCCGCCGCGAACCCCACAGCCUCCACCGCCCGCCGCAGCUUCCUCUCCCUCUCCGCCGCCGCCCUCUUCCUUGCCCCCGCGGCCGCAUUGGCCGCGACGGACGAGGAGUACGUGAAGGAGACGGAGGAGGUGAUCAGCAAGGUGAAGAGCACCAUCACCCUGGACAAGGCCGACCCCAACGUGGCGGCGGCGGUGGCGGAGCUUAGGGAGACUUCCAACUCGUGGGUGGCCAAGUACAGGCGGGAGAAGGCCUUGCUCGGCCGGGCCUCCUUCCGCGACAUGUAUUCGGCCCUCAACGCCGUCUCGGGCCACUACAUCAGCUUCGGGCCCACCGCGCCCAUCCCGGCCAAGAGGAGGCAGAGGAUCUUGGAAGAGAUGGAGACGGCUGAGAAAGCUCUCUUGAGGGGUCGAUGAUUUUUGUAAUUUUUUACUUGUUUUGGUGGCAUAUUUUAUGUAUUUAUAUUUUUAUCUUGUUGAGAUUAUAAAGCGAGGGGAUCAUUUGAGAACUUUA